AUGUGGGCACAUUCAAUGACAGUUCAAGAUUACCAGGAUCUCAUAGACAGAGGAUGGCGAAGAAGUGGAAAAUAUGUCUACAAACCUAUCAUGAAUCAAACGUGUUGUCCUCAAUAUACAAUAAGGUGCCAGGCUUUGUGUUUUCAGACCUCCAAAUCUCACAAGAAAGUUCUAAAGAAGAUGUUGAAAUUUAUUUCCAAAGGAGAUAUUUCGAAAGUAGUGAGUGAAGAAGAGCCUAUGGAUUCCCAUAUAGAGGAUGUGGUCGCAUGCGAUUUUGCAUACAAAAGUGAAUCUCAUGUCAGUCAGUCUGAACUGACUCCCUUGAGUGUGGAUCACACCGAGAGAGUGGAGAAUGAAGAUAAGGACACAGGAGUAACAGAAGAAGAGGUGAAUGUGCAGAAGGUGGAAUCGGGUUCUCUUCAGAUAUGUGCGGAUAAAGACACACCAGUCCCUGGAGAACCAUCACAUCCAGCUAAAAUUGUUCAUGCACCACCUAAACCAGGCAAAGGGGCCGAUCUGAGUAAGCCACCAUGUCGAAAAGCAAAGGACAUACGGAAAGAAAGAAAACUGCAGAAACUCCUUCAAAACCAGAUGUGCACCUUUGAAGGCUCUCCACUUCAAGCAGGAGAUCAAAUUUUCCUCUUGCAAAACUCUAAAUCUAAAACAAACCAACCUAAAACCAUUGAAGACUUCAUUUUUGUCUCUUUACCUGAUGAUGCACCGCACAAAUUAGAGGUGAGGGUGGUGAGAUCAUCUCCACCAAGUUCACAGUUCAAAGCCACAUUUCAGGAGUCUUACCAGGUCUAUAAACGUUACCAGAUGGUUAUUCACCAGGACCCACCUGAUAAACCAACUAUAAAUCAGUUCACACGAUUCCUCUGUGAUUCUCCUCUGGAGGCAGAGAAUGCACCAAAUGGACCAGAAUGUGGCUAUGGUUCUUUCCACCAGCAGUAUUGGCUGGAUGGGAAGAUAAUUGCUGUCGGUGUAAUUGAUAUCCUGCCCUACUGCGUGUCCUCCGUCUAUCUGUACUAUGAUCCAGACUAUUCUUUCUUAUCUUUGGGAGUCUACUCUGCAUUACGGGAAAUUGCUUUUACUAGGCAACUUCAUGAAAAAGCUCCUGAUCUCUGUUUUUAUUAUAUGGGUUUCUACAUUCAUUCAUGCCCCAAAAUGAGAUACAAGGGUCAGUAUAGGCCCUCUGACUUGUUGUGUCCGGAGACAUACGUCUGGACACCUAUUGAGCAAUGUCUACCCCUGCUCGAGCAUUCAAAAUACUGUCGAUUCAAUCAGGAUGUAAAAGCAGUAGAUGAAGGUCGUAUUAAGGAACUGGGCAGAGUGAGAGUACUUCACAAGAGAACCGUGAUGCCUUACAGUGUGUAUAAGAAAAGAAGGAAGGGGCCAAGCGACGAAGCCAGUGUUCAGCAAUAUGCAAGUUUGGUUGGACAGACCUGUUCGGAAAGAAUGUUGUUGUUUAGAAGUUGAAAAAUCAUUAUAUGGCAUUUUGAUGCCGCUACAUUUUAUUGCACUGCCACUGGAUGAUAUGUACUAUAUUUGUGUGUCGGUAUGCCUACUCAAAUAGCAGUAUGAAAUACAGAUAUAUAUUUAGGCUUGUGUGCAUACAUGGUACUGCGUUUAAAGGCCAACUCAAAUAAAACUUAGAAUACAGCAAGGCUUUAACAAUAUAAGUUUAGAAAAACAUGCUUGCAAUAUAUUUUAGUUAAGUAGUUCUAGCAUUUCUAUGCAUUUUGAAUAAUUCUAAGUAUCUAAGCAAAAUGAAAAACAGGUGUCUUUUUUGUAGAGAAAAAGGUUGACUAAAUCUAGAUUAACAAUAAUUAAAUUACAAAUGUUUUCAAAUAGCACCUUGGAUAUCUGUUGUUAAAAAUUGCCAUGAAAUUUCUGCUCGCAUUUGUAUGCUCCUAAACUCUUGCAAGAGAAUUGAAACGUGCUGUUACUUUCUGAUGUGAAAUCUGGCAUGGUUUAAUUUUAUUUCAAAAGUAUAUUUAAAAACAGGAAGAAAUUAUUUUCACUGCACAUUCUUCAUUUGUUUAAAGCAGUAGGUUAGCGUCUGAGGUCCAAGUGAGUGUAGGAGUUCAUAGUAGAUUCUCAGUGGCAAGGGAUGCAGUGCUUUGGAAAACUUUCCCCUUUAGAGAUGAAACAGAAUAGUUGCACUAUAAAUGUACCAAAGAUAUGCAGCCAAGUGGCACAGUGGUUUUUUGGUAUAAGCCUUAUCCUUUGUCUAAAAAGAGUGGAUAUUUUAAUGCACAUCACUAAUGUGAAAUAGAGCUUGCAAGGUUUAUCCUAUAGCUCUUCAGUGCGCAUUUCAGAACUAUGCUAAAAAAAAGACUUGCGGUACCACUGCUGGGUUUUGUUGCAAUUUUUUUCUGCAGAAUUGUAUGGGAAGACUUAAAUAUCAUAUUCCUGCGUUUUUACUCACUGUUUUGUUUAUGGUGCAGCAGCUCACAGGUUAACAUCUUUAAUAACAUUUUACUAAAUACUUCUGUUGGAAACACAGGAAGUUGUGACGCUUUAUGAGAGCACUUUAUUAUCUGAUACAUGAACGUUGUCAUUAGUAGUCUGUGUCCCUAUCAAGUCAUACAAGGUAUAGAAGUUUUGGGAAAUAACACUGUGGUAUUCAGUAAUGUAUUACAACAUCGUAACAAUACCAAUGCAUUUGUGUUUCUUAUCUUCUUGGAUAACAAGAGCUAGUAUUUACCUUGAAUUAACUUGAAGUUUCCUGUUAACCUUUGAAGAAAGAUUCUUAUUCAAGAAUAUAUGUGUAGGUGUUUUUCCCCAGAAAGGAACCAAAUUCAAUUUUACCCUCUGAGGCUUACAUCUCCUAUCAUUCAUGGGUUUUAUUUAAUUUUAAAUGCUUGGCCAGUAUUAUUAAUCGUUGAUUUUUAUGUGGAACAGACGUAAGAAUUUUGGGAUUCAAAUGCAUUGCAGAUUUAACUUUUUUCCCCCAUAUCUGUUUGAUCAUUGUAAUAUUAUUGAUAUAAAGUACAGCUUCAACGGUAAUUUUAAAAAGUAAUUUUAUGUUUUAUUAAUUGGGAUGUAUUGUAUUGAUCUACUCCCAAUCUGCAACAAGAUUGAUUAUUUCUGUCAGUGUUAUAUCUGGUAUGUGUUUAUCUGUUGCCUGGUACCGAGAAGUUUCUGUUUUCUGUACAAUCUAGUUUGUCCAUGUCUUAUCUAAACCUAUUGCCACAGGAUAAUCACUAAAUAUUACUUAUGAACAUUAUUAUAAAGAGUUCCUUUCUGUGGAGAAGAUACUCUUGCCACUCAGUGAAAUGUCAGAUAGUAUAACAUUUUCUGCCUACACAAUGUGUUGAAAAGCAGUGAUGCCUGUAUGGCUUAAAACCAAAAUAAAUAAGAAAACCUUUUUAUAUCAUAUAAAAUCAGUUAAUGGGCACAGAGGAAUUCCAGUAUGACUUGCAAAAUCUUAAACAUUAUCAAAACCAUUUAAUGAUGGCCUCGCUGUGCUCCUGGAGAAGUUAAAGUUUCUGUUAAAUUGCAAGGGAGCAGACUUAACGUCACCACUGAGAGUUCUUGAAGGGCUCCAUCUUUUUGUGCCCACUAUUUGUUACUGAUAUGCCUUCUAGAUAUGUAUUAGACUUUUAUCUGAUGCUCCGUUUCUCUUGGGGAGCUUUUAAGGAGUGCAGUUAAAGAAAAGUGAGAUAAGUAUAAAACUGAAAAUUGAGCACAGCUUGAAGUUGUCAUUAGUGUGACCACUAAAGGUAAAUGACCAUUUCCUGUGAAUUCUGAAAUGGUGCUUUCACUUUCUGACCUCCACUGGAACUGCAGCACCACGGCACGCUGCAGUGACUCUUACUGAACUCAAAUAUACAUAUAUAUAUGUAUGUAUGUAUACAUAAAAAAGUCAACACUGAGAUUAAGUCAAAAAUUGAGUUCAUCUGAUGUAGUAUGCUGAGAUCUGAUGCGCUUCAUUAGUGUUAUUUUAGAAAGAAAUUGGUGCAGUAUUUUUCAGGACUGAUACCUCUAUCCCUGUUUUAGAAGUGGAAUACAGUCUGAGGAUGAACUUCUGUAAAUUUUGCCAUUGACUUCAAUGGAGCUGAAAAUUCAUCACUAUUACAAUUCUAUUUAAUAAGAUGUUGUCAUUGAGAAUUAUUGCAUUUAGAGAUAUUUAAUUUAGUACAAACUAUUUUAUAAGAAUUUUUUUAGUGUAGUUAGUUUGUGAGCUUUAAUCCCUAAAGUAAGGUUGCCUUGUUCUAUCAUCUGUUGAUAAAUGAGCAUGAAAUGGUGGUAAGAAAAUGUGGAGCUGUGACCAGUGCUAAAAAAUACUGUUCUUUGCUUUAAUUGGAAAUAAAUGGGGAGCUUACUCAUUUCCAGCAUCAACACAUUUCAGUAAAUGCAAAAGAACCCGCAUGUUAAGUUUGUAAUUGCUUUUCAGCAGGCCUGUUUGACUUGUAAGUAUAGAAAAUAAAGUUAUUUCUAGUCUCUGUGAA